AUGAGAACGGUGAAGCAUCCACGUUCUGUUUGUGCUGUGAAGGGUUCGAGUGUCACGCUCCCCUGCUCCUUCAAACCGGCCAUCAUCUUUGUUGUGGAUGAACAAGAGUUUCUGCUCCAGAUCGUCAGAGUCGUGUGGUGUAAGAACCAUCUGAUCUGUCAGCGUCAAACUCCGACUGUGUACGACAGCGAGUCAAAGACAAACGACCCUCGCUUCCUGUACCUGGGAGACAAGAGGACAAACUGUACUCUACAGAUCAGAGACAUCCGUGAGGAAGACAACGCCACGUUUCGCUUCAGGAUGGAAGCGGAGGAUGUGUCUGGACAUUUUACCAACCAAACCGGAGUGACAGUCUCAGUCGUUGACGAGUCUGAGCUGAGGAUCGAGAGCUCCAGUGAUGACGGUGUGAGGUCAGAAGGUCAGAACAUCAAACUGCUCUGCACGUCACGCUGCUCCACCCACCAACUCAACAUCACCUGGUUCAGAGAUGGCCACGCCCUCUCAGAGACUGGCCCCGCCCUCCAGCUAAGCACUCUGACAGCAGGGGAUUCUGGGAACUAUACCUGUGGGUCGACGACGUCCCACUCUCCGCUGUACUCUCUGCACGUGAAGGCUACAGGACAAAGUGUUGGACUUCCUCUGAUCGUUGGUGUGGUCCUCGGUGUCCUGUUGGUUCUGUGCGCUCUCAUACUCGCAAUCUUCAUCAUCAAACGGAAACUUCCAGCAGCAGCAGCAGCAGAUAAAAAUCAGGCGGCUGGAGUGAUGGAGGUGGUGCCACAGAGGGAUGAUGGCUUCCUGUCACCUGCUGAGGUCGAGGUCAGCUACUCCAUCAUCAACUUCAAACACAACAAACAGACCAGAUCAGAGCCAGUGGGGGGGGACACCAUCAUCUACUCCACUGUCGCCAACCAAGGAUGAAGCUCAAAAUCCUUCACUCCUACCAGACCUGCAGUGUGGUGAUCAUGUCACAGGAGUUUAUCGUGUCCCACUGAACCCACUGAACCCCUGACCCAUUGUAGACCCAUUGGAGACUCCUUGACCCACUGAACCCUUGACCCACUGAACCCCUGUCCCACUGAACCCUUGACCCACUGAACCCCUUGAUCCACUGAACCCCUGUCCCACUGAACCCCUGUCCCACUGAAUCCUGACCCACUAAAACCCCUGUCCCACUGCACCCUUAACCCACUGAACCCCUGACCCACUGAACCCUACUCAAUGAACUCCUUACCCACUGACCCCUUGACUCACUGAACCCCUGUCCCACUGAACCCCUAACCCACUGAACCCCAGUCCCACUGAACCCUUGACCCAAUGAACCCCUGACCCACUGAACCCCUGACUCACUGAACCCCUGACCCACUGAACCCUACUCACUGAACUCCUUACCCACUGACCCCUUGACUCACUGAACCCCUGUCCCACCUGUCCCACUGAACCCCUGUCCCACUGAAUCCUUGACCCACUAAACCCCUGUCCCACUGCACCCUUAACCCCUGACC